AUGUUACUGUUGUUCCUCGUGGGACAGAACCACGUUUGUGCUCAGAACAGUUCGACGACUGUGAAACAAUGUGGCAUCGAUCAACUAUGCGUGGAUAUCAGCUUUUGUCCAGAAUUAACUAAUGAAUCAGAAUCCUUUGACCAUUGGCUUUCCAGAUAUAAAGAGAUGAGUGCCAUAUUAGAUGAUCGAUUCUGUGGCACAGAACCCAAGACAGGAUAUCGGAAAUUCUGCUGUCAAAUUCCACCCGAGAACAAAAUCAAUACACUGGGCUGUGGAUUUCCUACGGAGAAUAGGAUACUGAUUCCAAUCUACAAUUUGUUUGAAAAUCCUUGGAUGGCACUGAUUCGCGAUAGAAGGAAUCGCAUUUUAUGCUCAGGCACGGUGAUUGCCGGGAGCUUCAUUCUGACAACUGCAAGCUGUUCUCGAUCUGACACUGACGGCGCAAUCACUGUUCGAGUAGGUGAAUAUGAUAUUUCCAGUUCGGUGGACUGCUCGAAGCGCGCCAAAGACUGCGCUGAUCAGCCACACGAUGUCGCUGUACUCAAACACAUAUUGCAUCCACAUUAUAAUCCUGUUACGAGUGAAAAUGACAUUGCGUUACUGAAAAUCGUUUCUGUAAAAUUCGGCGAAAGUGUACGACCAGUGUGUCUCUCAGAUGAGUGGCAAUCACGCGGGAGCUUAGUCGGUUGGAACAGCGAAGUGGUUCCAAGUAAAACUUUGGUCAACAUAGUUGAUUCUGAAAAGUGCGUGCAGACCAUUGCAGGAUACGGUAAUGGGACGAGAAAAAUGGACAACAAGAUCUGUCUUCGAAUGGAACUAUCCGGAAAUUGCCAGGACGCUAGACAGAAUACUCUACCUGGUAGCUCAUUCCAGGCUGAAUUUCGCCCAGAUAGAAGGUUGGUACAACAGGGUAUGUUGUUGGCUAUAUCUUCCUGUGGCGAAUCGAAUCGAGCAAUUUAUGCAGUGCUUACCAAUGUUACCAGUUAUAUGGAUUGGAUUAAGGAUAACAUGUAUUACAUUCACCCAAGGAUGAGGAUCUAA